AUGAAUUUCCAUACCUUGAUCGCCAAAAAUGGCGGCCGGACGACGGAGAACGAAGCCGGCGAAGUUUCUGUCAAAACCGGAGCUUUUCUCCUCGUUUUCCGGCGAAAUCACGGCGGCUGGCGGUGGGACCUGGCCGGGGUAGGAAGAGGACGGCGGCCCGGUCAUUUUGGUACCGGCCCCAUCGACUUUGGUGGCUGGAUGAGUGAACGGCCGGCCAAAACGUGGUCGGCCACGGUGGCUGUCGCGAAAACCAGAGGAGAGAGGGAGAGACGAGCGGGAGAGAGAGAGUGUGUGAGAGACGGGGGCAGUUCCGUCUUUUUAACCAAAAACCUCUUUCAAAAUAUUUACAAUUUUGCCACUGGUGAUGUUUUGCCCGUAACUUCUUCGUUACAGCUCCGAUUCGAGCCCACUACGUGUCUACAAACUCAUCUCGCCGUGCUCUACGCAACGGUACAUCCGGAAUUCCCAAAUUCCUUCCGGGAUUGCAUUGGAGCUAUUGAUGGAACACAUAUUCCAGCAAUAGUGAGGGGACGUGAUGUCAGCAACUAUCAUAAUCGACAUGGAAAUAUAUCCCAAAAUGUAUUAGCAGCUUGCAAUUUUGAUUUGGAAUUCAUGUAUGUCCUUAGCAGAUGGGAGGGUUCGGCUCAUGAUUCAAAAGUGUUAAGUGAUGCUCUAUCAAGGAGGAAUGGUCUUAAAGUUCCUCAAGGUAAAUAUUUCUUAGUGGAUUCUGGAUUUGCUAACCGACGCCAAUUUUUACCUCCGUUUCAAGGUGUGCGAUAUCAUCUCCAAGAUUUUGCAGGUCAUGGUCGUGAUCCUGAAAAUGAAAAUGAGUUGUUUAACCUUCGCCAUGCGUCCUUAAGGAAUGUGAUCGAGAGGAUAUUUGGUAUUUUUAAAUCGCGAUUCACAAUUUUUAAGUCAGCUCCUCCAUUUCUAUUUAAAACACAAGCAGAGCUAGUGUUGACAUGUGCAUCAUUACAUAACUUUCUUCGUAAGGAGUGUCAUUCCGAUGAAUUUCCUAUUGAGCCAACUGAUGAAUCUUCAUCAAUACCAGUUGAUGAAGAGGACAAUUUUGAGCUGAUUUAUCAAACCCAAGACCAACAAAGAGAGGAUGCUAACACAUGGAGAGCUAGCAUAGCUUCAGCUAUGUGGAGAGAUGCUAUCUAG